AACGCGCAGGACCCUGUCGCUGGUUUCUGCUCUGCUCUCUGGCACCUGAAGCCUGGCGACCUGGAAGUGAUCUCGCUCCUCCUGCUCCCGCGGCGCAAGUUCCAGUGCCCGAGCGAGAAGACCCUCGCCGGGCUGGGCGCGCUUCUCUCGCAGCUCAGCGACCCGCGGGCCAUCCUGGGCGACUGGGGCGCCCGGCCCGACGCGCGGGCGGGAGUGGGCCUGAAGCGGCUCGAGACGCUCCAAGGCGAGACCAUCCUCCCCGCGAGCUGCACCUGCGCGCGCAACAGGGGCGGCGGCGGCAGCUUGAUCGACGAUUCGGUGGUCGAGGUUGGCGCGGCGGGCCGCUGCAAGUUGCGGGCAGCGAUGGAG